AUGACUCAGAGUGAAGACACUGAUAAGACGCAGGCCGUGCUCUGCUGCCUUUUUGAGGCCGAACAGUGUGCUUCGUGGUCCCUGAUAACGGGCAAAUUCGGCCGAGAGGAAGAGUUUCCCGUGGAAAACUACAGCGCCAAAUGGGCCAGAAGCGAUCUCGCAGUGUCGCUGAGGAGCAAAGUCACGGUCAAAUGGCAGACAGUCGGGAUUCGCGGCUUCUGA